UUCCAUUUUCCUUGCAACGCGCAGUAACCGGACUCCGGAGUGCAGCGCGCGAGGGGAGGGAAUCCCUCCGGUGUCUGACGUUCCCUUUUACCAAGGAAACCCACACGCGCUCUCUGACGCAACUGCCCAUUUUUGGAAACAUGCGUCAAUGGGCCGAGGCAAGUCGGACCAAACAGUGGACGGCACAGCGGGCGCUGACGCUCGUAUCAAGAAAUAAACCCGUCCACAUGUGUCCGGUCCGCUUGGACCGUGCCCCUCGCGCUCCGGUUCGGUGUCCAGCGUGCGCCUGGCGACGGAUGCUCACAGCGGAUCUGUCUCCAGCGCUGCCUUAUCCAGAGCGCGACCCCUCCCUGGGAGAAGUUGCAACGCCCCGGCCGUGACGUGGGCUGUUCCGUUGGUGUUGAAAAGCCGUUGCAGUUUCUUCAUAGUGCCAUUGAAGUGAGUCAUCUCUAGGAAGUGUGGUUGGAAGAAGAAAAAAAAAGGAAAAGACAGGCGGAAAAAAAAAGUUCGAACUGAGAACGCAGAGCUGAGAUAGUGCGCAGAGUAUCAGACGAGGCGACGGGAGAGAGUCGGACGGUCAUCCGGGCAGAAGCCUUGAAAGCGAGCGUUAACCUGCGUGAGUCACCGUCACUACAGACCCGCUCGGCCCGACCGGAUCCGCCCGGGGAAGGUGUCUGCUGACUUUAGCCUGAAGUUUGCGCACCUGAGAGAAUCGACAAGAGCGUCUACCUGCGGCCCAAGAAGAAUAAAACGCACAAUUAGAAAAGAGCCCGCACGAGCACGGAUAAAAGUACUCAUUCUAUCUAGCGAUAUCCGUCAGAUGCUUUAGUUUAGUUUACAGGAGCGUGAUCGCACUUUGUCUUUGCCAACUCUUCUCUGGAUAUCCUCAAUUAACAGCUGCUCGGGUCAGAGGAUUUCUCUCUCUCUCUCUCUCUCUCUCUCUCUUUUGGUGCCUUUUUAACUGCGAGGAUUUUAACAAGAAAACGAGGGGGCGGCGGGUUCAGAUCUCAAGCGGGCCCCUCUUUCCUGGAUCAUGUACCAGGACUACUCCGGGAACUACGACACCUCGUCCCGCGGAAGCAGCACGUCUCCCGCCCAGCCAGAGUCCUUCACGAGCGGCAGCAGCACGAUCGGGAGUCCGAUCUCUACCUCAAGCUACCAGAAGUACAGGGUCGACAUGCCCGGCUCCAACAGUGCCUUCAUCCCCACCAUCAAUGCAAUCACGACCAGCCAAGACCUGCAGUGGAUGGUGCAGCCCACAGUCAUCACCUCCAUGUCCAACCCUUACUCCCGCUCCCACCCGUACGGCCACCACCUGCCCAGCGGGCCGGGGCUCAUGGGGCACAACACGCUGGCUCGGCCCGGGGUCAUCCGCUCCAUCGGGGACGCCAGGGGCCGACGCAAGCGGGACGAACAGCUCACACCGGAGGAAGAGGAGAAACGAAGGGUGAGGCGCGAGAGGAAUAAGUUGGCGGCCGCCAAAUGCCGCAACCGCAGGCGAGAGCUCACGGAGAUGCUUCAAGGGGAGACCGAGAAGCUGGAGGAGGAGAAAUCGGACCUGCAGAAGGAAAUCGAGAACCUGCAGAAGGAGAAAGACAAGCUGGAGUUCAUGCUGGUUGCCCACAAUCCCGUGUGCAAGCUCCCCAUCGACGAUCGCCACCAGCAGCACCACCAGCACCAGCACCAGCUCCAUCAGCACCAGCAGCAGCAGCACCAUCAUCAUCAGCAGCAGCAGCAGCAGUGCGCCCCCCUCCCGCUGACCAUGCGCCCCAACAUGGCCGGCCGGCCCCACAUGAACCACGUUGUCGUGAAGCAAGAGCCCGAUGAGAACAAUGAGGCGGGCAAGACCCAGCGCUCCGUCAUCAAGCCCAUCUGCCUCGGCGGCGGCGUGGUCGGCGGCGGGAUGUACUGCGCGGACGGGGACAGUCUGAACACGCCGGUGGUGGCGGCCUCCACCCCGGCCGCCACGCCCAACGCCCCGAGCCUCAUCUUCACCUACCCGAGCAUGCUGGAGCCCGAGAGCCCCUCGCCCUCCUCCGAGUCCUGCUCCAAGGCCCACCGGCGCAGCAGCAGCAGCGGGGACCAGUCCUCGGAUUCCCUCAACUCGCCCACCCUCCUGGCCCUCUGAGCGGGGGCCGCGCUCGGCACGGCUGACAAACGGACACUGUGGCCGACGGCGAGCACGAGGGCCAGCUGAGGCUCCCCUGCUCGCCCUUCGAAGGGCCCGCGAGCACGUUCAAAAGGUGCAGACCAAGCUGAUCCCCCCCCAACCCCACACCCCCACGCCCCCCCCGCAGGGAGACCCACAAGGGCUACGCCGCGUGUUUCUUCUUGUUCUGCUUUGGUGUACCUUUUUUGUUGUUGUGCACCUAUCCUAAAGAGAAGUGUCCUACCUUCGCCAUUUCAACUCCAGAGUGUCGACUUGUUUACUGGGAGACGAUUCUGAAGAGAAACACGCUGCAAUCUGCUCACUGGUGAGUCGACGUGACCGAAAGCAGUGAGCGCGUUAAUACAUAUAUAUAUAUAUAUAUAUUUUUCUGCAAAUGUUUCAAAAGCCAUGGGGCAGACACUUGCACUCCGCCAAGACAAAUCAAAAAAUCCCUAAACGAGGUCCGCGCUUUCUGAGGAGAAAAAGGAGACAACGAGCCAAGACUCUUUUUCCAUUUUGAGUUCCCAACUUGGACUUUGAUUCAGGAAUCGAUACGAGCAGUGUGUUGACAUUUUUGACACUAUUACUAUCUCUUUAACCCUACCUACGGCCCGUGCUGAUUCCCUUUUACCCCGUGUUCUGCUGAGACAUCGUUCUCUCCUUAAACCGCCUGUAGAAAAGCAAAAUGGCCGCCUGCGCGGCGCUCCUCGGUGUUGCUAAGGAUUACGAGCCAAUCAAUGACUAGUUCCUCAAUACUCUAUACCUUCUAUUUUUGCCAUAGCGGCUUGACUUUACAGUGGUAUUGUUGUGCUUUUCCUCAGUGAUUCUGUACCUGAAGUUUUACAACCUGUUUAUGACAAAGUGUAUGUGAUUUACAUUGAUGUCAGGGAUGUCUCUCAUGUGUAGUAGAACCCAACGUGAAGAGCUUUGCGUGACUGGGCGGCUGUGAGGUCUAGUGUUGCAGAGGCGGUGAUACACUGUAUGCCGAGGGAGGACUAAUUAAUUUCCUCGCUGUGUCACGUCUGGGGGGAAAAGGUUUGACUUUUUCCGCUCAGACGAUACAAAGGUUUGAACAAAGGCCUCCUCCUCCAUUCUGACCUUCUGUUCUGUGUCUUGCACAUUCUCGAGAUUAAGGCCUUACAGCCUCUCGGGGAGGUCGGGUUUCAAAUGGCCAAAAGAGAGGUUUGUUUGACACGCGUAAUCCUGUAAUUUGUCCGUCUUUGUCUAAAAAAAGAGGGAAUCUUGCUCAAAUUUGGAGAAGAAAAACAACAAAGCCACUGUGGUCUAGACCGUCUCCAGCUGCCAAUGAUGUCAACCGUGUUUAGACUGUGUUUGUACAUCUGUCUCUUUUAGUAAAGACAGUCAAUGAUGUUUAAAUCCAAGUCAGACGUGCUGAUUUUUUGCGGGUGUGUGAACGUAUGCCAACAAGGAGGUGCUCCACGUAGUGGAGGCUGUGCCGGCUUUAAACGAUGUCCACUAUCUUACCGGAAGGGGGCGAUUUCUUUUCUUACAGCUGGCCUGAGAUGAAAGAGAGGACACCGCGUGAAGAUUUAAUAUCUCUGAUUCUAAGAAGCACUUCUCUUUUUUUGUUGUUUUUACUUGUGUGUAUCUUUAAAAGGGAUGAGGGUUUUCAAAACUGUGCACUGAGAGGGACACAACAGCGAUGUUCAGG